AAGUGAUCCCAUACUGACUAGUGGAAUGCUGUUUAUGACUGGUCCCCAUAUUGAUUCCUCUCUAUGCAAAUUCACUUACAGCCUGGUUGACCAGGCAAGCACCAGAUGAGCCUGGCCCAUGGCCAGGCUCUGAGAGUAGUUAAACUCUCAAAACUCUUCAAAGCAGACAAUCCACUCCAUAUAUCAUGGCAUGACAGCAUGUGGGUACCACAUCUCAACUCGACAAACAUCAUGGAUUACUUCAGUGAGCGGACAAACCCCUUCUACUCAAGAGACUGCAACAAUGAGUUUAUCAAGAUGCAGCAGAACACAAGGGUCGACCAGCUUACCCACAUGCAGGGAGUCGAGUACAUGCUGCUUCACACUCAAGAACCCAUUCUCUACAUCAUUCGGAAACAGCAGCGCUUUUCUCCAACUCAGGUUAAUCCUCUUGCCAACUAUCACAUUAUCGGUGGACAAGUGUUUCAGACACCUGAUUUAGGAUCUGUUAUCAACUCCAGAACGUUGGCUGCUGUGAGUAACCUGACCAGUGCCUUCACUGAACUUCAGUCCUUCUCCCACUACCAUUUGUCGCGAGGCUACUGGUGGCAGUUUCGAAACCAGAUGGAACAAACUGAGCAACAGAAGAGGGAUAAAGAGAAGAAGGCUGGUCAGGGAAAACGGGAAGAACCAGCAUCUAUGUUCCAGCACCGUCGAGUAGGCUCUUUGCUAGAGGAUCUUCAGGUCAAAUUUCCUUACAAGUUCCCAACUCAGGCACAGCAGCCAGCACAGCAACAGCCACAGCAACAACCACAGCAGCAAUCACAGCAGCAGCAACAACCACAGCAGUCCCAACAACAGACUCAGCAACAGGAGGGAAUAAAGACAGAAGAUUGCAAAGCAGACAUCAAGACUGAAAUUAAGACUGAAGUAAAAGUGGAGGUGAAAACCGAGCCAGUCUCUCAGCCUCCUGCACAGCGCACGGCCAAGCCUCCCCCUGAAAAGAGACAACGCACUGGACCGUAGUUCAUGUGUAGGUUAUUCUUCAAUGUUUAUGAAGCAAUGCACACACAUUACACAUGUAACCAUUUUGAUUAAUGGUAUUAGUAAGACAAAUGUGGCAACAAUCUUUAUUCGUACAUAGCUAAAACUUAUGAAAUAUCAUUAAUGUUGUAAAAACAUGUGGGAGUGUUAACUACAGUGAAAAAAUCUAGUGUUGGUAUUGUCCUGUGUGAGACAGUGACAGUCUGUUACAGCAGUGUCUGGUCAUAGUGUUCUGGCAGUGUAUCACAAUGAGAGAUUUCAAAGAGAAAGGAGGCAUCAUAAAAUGUAUUUGUUUUAAAAGAAACAGCAGAUUAUGCUCUUCAAUUGAGGUUCAUUGAUGUCAUUGAGGGGCUCUUGAUCCUGACCUCCAAUUCCUUGGAUUAAAUCCAAGUGUUCUAUGACCUCAGUGAUCCCCAUGUAAAUGUAAUAACAGCACUGUGUGAAUGAUGCUUCUGCAAAACUUUAAUAUUGGAAGACAUAUUAGCUAAUACAUGCAUUAAUAUUCUGUGGCUUUCAUGCACAGAGAAACCAUCAAUUGUAACAUACAAGUGUCAUAAUGAACAACUGUUAGUGAAUAAGUGAGUAUACAGGGACAUGAACAGUGGUCAUGACUGGUAGCAGAACCAGCACUGUACUGCUGGCCAGUGGGGCUUACAAUUGGGAAGAUAUCACAGACAGCACUGUUGUAUCUCAAGCAGUGGCCACCAUCUGUGACUGAAUGGUCCUUUCCCACAUUUCUAGAAGCCCUCAUAGUACAUCUAUUCUCACAUCCCUCAGACCCAUAUAUUCAAUAAACUCUAGGAUAUCUUGUGUUCGUAGAAUAUUCAGCUUUAAGGGGCAUGAGAACGGAUGUCCUGGGAAAGCUCCUGGGGCUGUGGUUAGAAGAAGUUGGGUCAUAGACAGUGGCCAUUGAUUCAGACAUAACACAAUAAUGAACUUUCCUUAUUGUAAUCCUCACAGCCCAGUGGUAAAGCUCUAAUCCUGUUACCAGUCAGGACUCCAAUUUAAAUCCCCGUCCAUUCUUCAGUUUAAACACCACCUUCAUCAAAGGUGGGGAGGAUAUAAUGUGGGUUAUGGUGUCUCAUUUGAAGAUGCUUCAUCCAUCAGGGACUAUCAGUUCACACUGAGACAAGUAACACGUUAUGUAGUAGUUAAAGAGAAGUCAGUUUUUGGCAGGUUCAACUUUGUUUAACCCUUUGAGGGUCCGUCCCGUAGAUCUACGGCUUUACGUUCAGGGUCCAAACCGUAGAUCUACGUCAUGAGCUGAGCUCACUCUGAUAAACUGUGAGUGGUACAUUUGGGCCUAGAUAUGAGAGAAUACAUCUAUGUGGUAUGUGUGCACCACAUAAAACAGAUCCUGCAGCACGCUGUGUAUAAUGAGAGAAAAAAACUGAAAUCAUGAUUUUUCGAUUAAAACAGCGACUUUGCAGUGUUUUUUCGUAUGUUUUUUAUAGUUCUAUUUGCAAUUUCUUGGUCUCAUUUGAUAGAAUGGAAGACAUAUUACAGAAAUUGAGAUGAUUUUGAUUGGUUUUAGCACUGGAAAUGGCUUGAAACUGAGCUCAAAGUAGCAGAAAUGUUAAAUUUUUGCCGAUAUUCAAGAGAAAACAAACGACCUCACACAUCUAAUACAUGUCAGCUGGUGGGUCUGAUAUGCAUUCACAAAUAUGGUGAUGAUAUUUAUACAAUUAUUACAGUAUUGCAUAACAGUAAAUCUUCUAUUUUUUGGUGUGAAUAAAAAUUCAUUAUGUGAAUAAAAAAUCAAAAUGGAAUUUAUUUGUAAAGCCUCAAAACAUAACUAAUGAACAGAGGAAAUGUUAGUUUAGUUUCAGGAAUACCUACAUUGUUUAUUCUGGACCCUAUUUUGAAAUUGGAAUAUUUUGAACUUUGUGUUAAAUUGGCCAAAUUAACAAUUUCUGAUCACUUUAAUUUGUAGUUGAAACAGUUGACUUGGCGAUUUCUUGUGCUCAAUCGAUAGAAUGGAAGUAAUACUAGUGAAAUAGCUUAGAAUUUGGUUGACUGGAAUAAUGUAAUUGGCCUAAAAUGGGAGUCAAAGUCGGCAAAAUCGCCGAUUCGUAAAUAUCGCUGACACAUCAAAAUUCGCGAGAGCAUAAUUUCGUCAAUUUUCCAUCAAAUUUCGUACUUUUUUGUUUUAUUACCUUCACAAAAAGAUUCUCUACCAUUUCAUAAGAAAAAAUAACAAUUUUUUUUUUUUUAAAUUCUUGGACACUGGGGCACCACUUCAGAUUUGGGCCUUGGACCCUGAAGGGGUUAAACCCCAGGGUUAUUGAAAGACUCAGAGAUUUGUGAAAUGGUAUUUGUAGUGGUGAUAAACCUUUUCACUGUCCAGAUCCCCAAAAUUAAAAGUGCUGUGUUUACAUUUUAGGAAAAAAAAUCUGAAAUGGUAGAAUCUUUUUCUGACAAUAAUGACACUUAAAAAAUAUGAAAUUUGAUGGAAAACUGAUAGGCUUACACAAACACAAAGUUAGCAGUCUGGGUGCAAUUUUAUGCAUUGGCAGUUUUGCCCACUUUGACCUACUUCAAGCCAAUGCCAUUGCUCAGUUUGACAAAAUUCAUACUAUUUCAGUAGUAAGUCUUCCAGUCUGUUGAUUGAGCACAAGAAACUCCCCAUUCAAAUACACUAAACUAUCUUAUAAAGUGAACAGAAGUUAAAAAUUGACUCAUUUUUAUACAAAAUUAAAAAAAUUUGUUUUACCCUUUCAUUGUCUGUGUAGUAGUACUAUGCCAUGAGCCCAGCUCACUCACAUAAGCUGUGAGCAGUAAAUUUGGGUUUAGAUAUGAGAGAAUGGGUCUAUGUGAUAAGUGUGCACCAUGUAAAAAAAAAUCCUGCAACACACACUGCAUAAUGAGAGGAAAAAACUGCAACCAUAUUUUUGGUUUAAAACAGUGACUUGGAGGUGAAUUUUUGUAUGGUUUUUAUGGUUGUAUUCUUGGUUUCUUGGUCUCAUUUCAUAGAAUGGAAGAUAUAUUACAGAAAUAGAUAUGAUUUUGAUCGGUUUCAGGAAUGAAAAUAGCUUGAAAGUGAACUCAAAGUGGCAGAAAUGUUCGAUUUUUGCUGAUAUUAAAGAGUAAACAAAUCACAUCACCCAUCCAAUGCAUAUCCAGCUGGUGGGCCUAAUAUGCAUUUACAAAUGUGAUAAUUUUAGUUAUACAAUUAUUACAAUAUUGCAUAAAAAUAAAUUUUCUAUUUUUUUGCGUGAAUAAAAAAUUCAAAAUGUAAUUCAUGUGUAAAGCCUGGGAAUGUAACUAACGAACAGAGGAAAUAUUAUUUUAGCGCUAGGAAUGCCUGUAUUGUUUAGUCUGGACUCUAUUUUGAAAUUUGUGUGAAAUUGGCCAAAUUACCAAUUUCUGAUCACUUUAUUGAGUAGUUGAAAUAGUUGAUUGGGCAGCUUCUUAUGCUCAGUUGAUAAAAUGGAAGACAUACUAGCAAAAUAGCUAAGAAUUUGGUCAAUUGGAACAGUGUAAUUGGCCUAAAAUAGGACUCAAAGUGAGCAAAAAUUGCUGAUGCCUAAAUAUUGUUGACACAGCAAAAUUUGCAAAAGCAUAAUUUCAUCAGUUUUCCAUCAAAUUUCAUACUUUUGGUUUCAUUACCUUCAGAAAAAGAUUCUGCUUUUUUUUAUAUUUUAAAGUCUUAAAGAUAAAGCAACUCUCAGAUCAGAGGUCUGGACAAUGAAAGUGUUAAAAAGUCCAAAAUAAACACACAUAUUUCAGGCUCUAAAACAUUUCCUGUCAUCAGUCACAUCUCCUAUAUAUUGACACUUUCCUUCCAUUUUGAGUUCACAAAAAAAAUUAAAGUUACCCUAUUUCUCAGAUAAUAAGAUAUAACUAGGAAUGAUUGGUCAUGGUUUAUGGCAUCCCAGUAAUUUAGCAGACUGGAAGGGGGGUAUGAAAAUUGGCAAAAUCAAAUCUUUCCACUAAUUUUGAGCCCAAUUUUUCUCUCCAAGGAGGGCUCCUUGUAGUGCUGAAGAGGCUUUUGGUCUGAGUAAUUGGACGUUUCAGUCUUCUGUGCACUUAAGUAAUGAACACUAUAUUAUUAGUACAACAAAUGAUCUAGUUUCUUACAAUACUCUUAAUGUUUCCACUUUACUGUAUAACAUUAAAGGUUAAAACAAAUCAGUAAGGAGACUUACCAGAGUCCAGUAUGUCUUCCCUCCCUCUAGAUCCAUCCUAUGAUGUAGAGGAUCAUCAUUGAACAACUUUGUAUGUGUGCAUGUGUGUGGUCUCAUACCCAGCCAUUUGUAUUAUUAUUAUUAUUAUCAAAAAGAAGCGCUAAACCACAAGGGCUAUACAGCGCUGCAGGGCAGGAAGGAAGCGGGGUUAUCAGGUGGCAAAAGGGAGAGGGAUAAUUAGUAGCUUACGGAGAACAGCGGGGCAGUGGAUAGUGUAGGGGUAGAGGGUAGCAGGGGAUUGAGGUAGAAAGGGCUGAGGGGAGUGCAAAAGGUAUUGUCAUCAGAGUUUGUGGAGUAAGUCAGUUGUUGUCCCAGCCAUUUGUAGGCUUGAACUUGGGCCACCAGGCAGCAGCAUGAGGCCUAAGCAGCACGAGCGCGACAUAUGAAAUCUGACAGCAGUUACAGCCAUAAAGAAACUCAAAGUUCUCGUUUGAUAAGAGAUUGUAAUGCAUCUAUUAAUAAUAGUUGUUUGCAAGUCACAAAAAAGCUGAUGCAACUGUACAUUUUUCUUCUAUUUCAUCUGCGUGUUUUAUAAUAGUACAGUGGACCCCCGACAUUCAAAGGCAUCAACAUUCGAUGCAUUUUAAUGCAAAAAUUUCGCCUCGACAUUCGAUGGAAAACCCGACAUUCGAUACGAUUCGUACGAGACGUGUCCACGUGUGGCCUGAACUGCCCCGUGUGUGCCAGUGUUUACAAGCCAGCCAGUGUGCGCGCAUCUAAGGAUACAUUCGGUACAUUCCAUAUUAUCCAUAUUAUCACUGUGUUUGGUGCUUGUUUCUGCAAAAUAAGUAACCAUGGGCCCCAAGAAAGCUUCUAGUGCCAACCCUUCGAGAAAAAAGGUGCUAAUGACUAUUGAAAUGAAGAAAGAGAUAAUUGCAAAGUACGAAAGUGGAGUGCGUGUGUCGGAGUGCAUGAUGAUUUGGUAAAGAAAUUGCCUGCAACUAGUGGUGAUGUGAGUGAAGUUAAGGCCAGCAAAGGUUGGUUUGAAAGAUUUAAGAAUCGUAGUGGCAUACUCAGUGUGGUAAGGCAUGGUGAGGCUGCCAGUUCAAGUCCUAAUGGAAGGGGAUUCCCCUUCUAAACACUAACACCAUCCACACUCUCCCCUCCUCCCAUCCCAUCAAUCAUCACCAGAUCUUCAUUAAAGGUAAGUGUCAAUUAUUCUAUUGUUAUUGUAAUUAUUCUAUUGCAUUAAACUUAAUAUUUCAUGUGGUAAAUUUUUUUUUUCAUACUUUUGGGUGUCUUGCACGGAUUAAUUUGAUUUCCAUUAUUUCUCAUGGGGAAAAUUAAUUCGACUUUCAAUAUUUUCGACAUUCGAUGGCUCUCAGGAACGGAUUAGUAUCGAAUGUCGAGGGUCCACUGUAUUACGUACUGUAGAUUCAUGCAUUCCAACAUCUGUUCCAAUUUUAGUAAGCGGGGUGCACAGCAAAUUUAUACUAAUUGAAUUUUGACUUAUAUUAAAUAAGGCUUAGUAUCAUUGUAUAAUUCGUACUAAAUCAAAUUUCACACUAUUCAAAUUCUUACUAAUCAAGGCUUUGCUGCACACAUUAUGACUCAAUCCCUCCCCACACACACACACACACACACACAGUCAACCCUGUCAAAUGCAAAGUUGUGAAGAGUGGGGAAGGGCAAAGAAGAUCGCAGAGUAUAGGCUAGGUGGCCAAAGACUGCAAACCUUGCUCAAGGAGAAAGAUCUUGGGGCGAGUAUAACACCGAGCACGUCUCCGGAAGUACACCUCAACCAGAUAACUGCUGCAGCAUAUGGGCGCAUGGCAAACCUGAGAACAGCAUUCCGAUACCUUAAUGGGGAAUAGUUCAAGAUGCUGUACACUGUGUACUUUCUCUAAUUUCCUUACGUGCUUGGCUAGGUGUGGGUUCCAAACUGGUGCUGCAUACUCCAAUAUAGGCAUGGUGUCACAGUGUACAGGAUCCUGAACAAUUCGUUUUUGAGAUGUCGGAAUGCUAUCCUUAGGUUUGCUAGGCGCUAACAUGCUGCAGCAUUUAAGUGGUUGAUAUGCGCCUCAAGAGAUGUGCAUGGUGUUAUACUCACCCCAAGAUCCUUGUCCUUGAGUGAGGUUUGUAUUCUGUGGCUCCCUAGACUGUCUGCAGUCUUCUUUGCACUUCCCCAAUCUUCAUGACUUUAUACUUGGUGGGGUUGAACUCCAGGAGGCAGUUUCUGGACCAGGCCUGCAGCCUGUCCAGAUACCUUUGUAGUUCUGCUUGGUCCUCAUCCGAUUGAAUCCUUCUCAUCAACUUCACAUCAUAUGUAAACAAGGACACUUCUGAGUCUAUUCCUUCCAUUAUGUCAUUCACAUAUGCUUAGAAACAGCACUUAGCGCUUCUUUUUGAUUAUAAUAAUAAUUAGAAACAGCACUGGUCCUAGGACUGACCCCAGUGGAACCCUGCUUGCCACAGACUCACUUUAACACCUCGCCACAUACCAUGACUCGCUGAUGACUUCCGGACAGAUAUUCCCUGAUCCAUUGCAGUGCCUUCUGUGUUAUACCUGCCUGUGUGUAACUGUGUCAAAAGCCUUCUUACAGUCCAAGAAAAUGUAGUCUACUCACCCCUCUAUCUCGUCUUACUGCUGUCAUAGAACUCCAGUAGGUUUGUAACGCAGGAUUUCCCAGCCCUAAAACCAUGCUGGUUGUCGUUAAGCUCAUUUUUUCUAGGUGCUCCACCACUCUUCUUAUAAUCUUCUCCAUGAUUUAGCAUAUACAUGUCAGUGAUACUGGUCUGUAGUUUAAUGCUUUAUGUCUGUUUCCUUUUUUUUUAUAAAUUGGGACUAUAUAUUUGCUGUCUUCCAUACCUCAGGUUCUUGCCCUGUUUUGAUAAAGUGUUGAAGAUUGUUGUUAGUGGUACACACAGCACCUCUGCUAUAUGUACCACUAACAUUCUAGGCAAAAAAAAAAAAAAAUUUGUAUAGAUUCAUGUUUAUUAUGAAACUUUAAAAAUACUGUAGAAGUUUUUGAACACAGCUGACAAGAAGUAAUGUUAUAAAAAAAUCACUUAAAAUUAGCUGUUUAUAAAAGCUUAUCAAUGUUUACUUAUUAAAAGUAAAAUUUUAUCAGAGAUAAUCCUCAUAUAUACAUCUAUCUAUGUUGCAGUAAGAUCACAGUAAACAGGUGAUAUCACAAUAUGCAGAACAACCACUGUGAAAAGAAUAGUGAACUUUCAAGUGCAUUGUGAUAUCUCACAUUAUCAAGGAAAUGUUCCUUGAUACUGUGAGAAAUCAUAAUAGGGCUUGGAAGUUCCCUUUUCUUUUAUUUUGACAGCGGUGCUUCUGUACAUCUGUCUAUAUAUGUUCCCAGUUAACUUUAUAUACUGUAAAUUUGUCUAUAUACAUAAUUACCUAAUCACUAAUGAGAUCAUUAUUAUUAUAAAAAAGAAGUACUACUAAUGAGAUCAUAUGCAUUUGUUUGUUUUCAUUUAAGUAAUCACUAAUGAGAUCAUACAUUGUAGGAAACACUGAACCUUAAUUAAAGCAGUCAAGAUGAACACUACAUUCAAUUCUUAUUACAAUCAAAAAGAAGUGCUAAGCCUACAAGGGUCUCAAGUAUUUCAAACUUCUUACUUGUAAGGCUUAUAAUCUGUAGUAUUAUUGACUCUCAUGCUGGCUAUAGGCUGUAUAAACCUAGUGAACUACCUAUUCGUAUCUUAAUUGCAGACUAAGAGUAACAUUUUUAUAGUAUCGGGAUUUUGAUCAGAAAUUUUCUGUACUGUUCGAGUUUUUCUCAGUGUUCAGACAUCAAACCACAAGGUAUUUAAUUUCAAUAUAGCCAAACCUACCAAUGUACAUACUAGCCAAUAAAUAUAUUCAUAAUA